AUGUCCAAGAAAGGUCCCACUAUCAAAUGGAAUGCACAAGAAGACAAGGCACUGUGUGAUGCACUCAUUGAGAAAAAAAGCAAAGGCAAACAGUCAGAUGGAGGUUGGAAAUCCACAGUGUGGAUCUUUGUAUCAGAGAGAGUCGCAGAUGAGGAAGGAGAGGGCGAGAAGACACCCAGUAAAUGUCAAAACCACUUCAAGAAUCUGAAGGAUGCGUAUGCUGACAACAAGAGGCUGCAAAAUAUGAGUGGGUUUGGAUGGGAUGACGAGAAGAAGAUGGUUACAGCUGGUGACAGUCAGUGGGAUGCACUGAAGAAAACCAAGGCCAAAGUGAAGGCCAAUCUUGCCCUGUGGAAGAAUGUGGCAUUCCCUCUUUACGACAAGAUGGCUCUCCUUUGUGAUGGUCACAUGGCUGAUGGUGGUCAUGCAUUUCAUCCUUCAGACCCACUUCCUGCAGACCCACUCGGCUGGGCACAAGAUUUUUUCGAUGGAAAUACAAGUGGCAUAGACCAUGGGCCUGGUAGUGGAGGUGAAGAUGAGAAUAGGGAUAAUGAGGCUAGAGGAAAGUGA